AGAGUAUCAAAUAUCUUCCCAAGCACCGAAACCUCUCUCUCCAAGAACCUCAGAUAUUCUGUUCUUCAAUCCAGGGGUCUUUCGUUCCAUCUCCUUGUAAUCUCAUCCCAUGUCUCUUGCACCCACCUGCCAAAUCCACCCAACAACCUUCCUAGACUCCUUCCAAUCUUCUCUUUCCAAAUUCCAUGGUUGCCGCCUUCAAUUCCUCAGACAAACCUCUUCAAAUCCUCUCAAAAAACACCCUUUCUACUCAACUAGAACCACCAGUUCCUUGGAUUCCUUCCCUGAAGAUAACCGAACAAGGAAAUCUAAUUUUUCUAUUGAAAACCAUAGAAAUAGACCGUCUUUCGUUUCGAAAACACCCAUUUCUCAGCCCCCUUCUAAUGGCUGUUUAUCAAGUCGGAGUUGGAUUGAUAAAUGGAACGAAACACAGUUCCUGAAUCUCCCGAAGAGGCCAAACGCCACUUUAGAUUACCGAAAUGGCGGUGUUUCGAGUGAGGACGAUGAGAGUUGCAGUAAUAGUAGUAGUACUAUGGAUAGGAUUGUGGAGAAGCUGAAGAGAUUUGGAUAUGUCGAUGAUAUGAUCGAGCGGGAGGAGAGACUUCCCGAGAAAGGAUCGGUGGAAGACAUCUUUUACGUCGAGGAAGGGAAUUUGCCGAAUUCAAGAGGUGGGUUUUCAGUAGAAUCUCCACUGGGCGUGGAAUUGAAUGGUUUUGAGGGUGGUGGGAAAGUUCGGUUUCCAUGGGAGAAGGCAAGGGAGAAGGAAGAAGAGGCGGAGAGGAAUUCAAUAAGGAAUCAGAGGAGUAAGACUUCAUUGGCAGAAUUGACGCUUCCCGAAUCAGAGCUGAGGAGGCUGAGAAAUUUGGCAGUCCGGACAAAGUCGAGGACAAAAAUUGGAGGUGGAGGGGUGAAUCAAGCGAUAGUGGAAGCGAUUCAUGAGAAAUGGAAGACAGCAGAAGUGGUGAGGCUCAAAUGCGAAGGUGCUUCCGCACUUAAUAUGAAGAGAAUGCAUGAGAUAUUGGAGAGAAAAACUGGAGGAUUGGUCAUAUGGAGAUCAGGCACUUCUGUUUCUUUGUAUAGAGGUGUAGGCUACAAUCUUACAUCCAUGCAACCGAAGCAACAAUUUCCGAGAAGUCAUGAGAUUGGAGGUAACUCCUAUGGCAUGAUUACUGAUAAAGCUGUUGGGGAUUCCCCAGAAAAAGUUCCAGAGGGUGAUGUGCAUGCAUCUCAAUCGAGCCCGACAGACACUGCUGAAAUGAAAAAAGAUCCCGAAUCAAUGCCAGAAAUCAAAUAUGAAAAAGAAAUCGACAAGCUAUUAGAUGGUCUGGGGCCACGCUUUACGGAUUGGCCAGGAGGGUACCCAUUACCUGUGGAUGCUGAUUCACUCCCUGGUGUGGAUCCCGGCUACAAACCACACUUCAGAAUUCUUCCUUAUGGAGUGAGAUCUUCCCUUGGAAGGAAGGAUAUGACAGCUUUACGGAGGCUAGCAAGAGUACUACCUCCCCAUUUUGCGCUAGGAAGAAGCAGGCAACACCAAGGGUUGGCCAUGGCCAUGGCAAAGUUGUGGGAAAGAAGUUCCGUUGCAAAGAUUGCUCUGAAGCGUGGUGUACAACUUACUAGCAGUGAGAGAAUGGCAGAAGAUAUCAAAAAAUUGACGGGAGGUACAAUUCUCACCAGAAACAAGGACUACAUUGUCUUCUAUAGAGGCAAGGACUUCUUGUCACCGGAGGUGACAGAAGCAUUACUUGAAAGGAAAAGAUUGGCACAGGCUCUCCAAGAUGAAGAGGAACAGGCACGCUUGCAGGCCUCUUCUUCGGUUAUUCUGAAUGUUGAAAUAUUUGAACAAGCUGGCGUUGCUGGGACUCUUGGAGAGACACUAGAAGCUGAUGCACGGUGGGGAAAGAGGCUGGAUGAUGAUGACAGGAAUAAGAUGAUGAGAGCUGCCGAAGCAGCAAGGCAUGCGGACCUGGUCCGAAAGCUAGAGAAGAAGCUUUCUCUUGCCGAGCGAAAGUUGAUGAAAGCAGAAAGAGCGUUGGAUAAAGUGGAAGCAUUCUUGAAGCCAGCAGAGCGAUCAACAGACCCAGAAAGCAUAACUGAUGAAGAGAGAUUUAUGUUUCGUAAACUUGGUUUGAGAAUGAAAGCCUUCUUACUUCUUGGGAGACGUGGUGUUUUCGAUGGGACUGUUGAAAACAUGCACUUGCACUGGAAGUACCGGGAACUGGUUAAGAUUAUCGUGAAAGCUAAGAAUUUUGCACAGGUGAGGAAUGUUGCAUUGUCAUUGGAGGCCGAAAGUGGGGGAGUGUUGGUUUCAGUUGACAAAAUCUCCAAAGGGUUUGCCAUCAUCAUUUUCCGAGGAAAGGACUACAAGCGUCCGCAGAUGUUGAGGCCCAAGAAUCUCUUGACAAAGAGGAAGGCUUUGGCCCGAUCAAUUGAGCUUCAGAGGCGCGAGGCACUUUGGAAUCAUAUUUCAGCUCUGAAUAGAAGGGUGGAGAUACUAAGAUCUGAACUUGAUAAAAUGGAGAGCGUGAAAGACCGAGGAGAUGAGGAAUUGUAUGCGAAACUGGAUUCUGCAUACUCAACUGAAGAUGAAGAUACAGAGGAUGAAGGUGAUGAGGCUUAUCUCAAGACAUAUAAUAGUGGCGGUGAUUAUGAUGAGGAGGACGAUGACAAUGAUGACAUUGGCUUGAUCCAUAAUGUUGGCUCAGAGACAAAAUCCUUCUAUGAGCAUCGGAAUCCACCACACGAAUCUGAUGACAAUGCUUCUAAAUUAGAUAUUGAAGGAGCAAAUAAAGAAUAUUCUGAAAUUAGUGGGGUUGAAACUGAAGAAGCAAGUCUCCACCUCUCUAGUUGAUUGCCUCUUAUCUAACAAACAGUCAGAAAGUUUCUGUAAAUUAUAAUGUUCAGGAACAAGAAAAGGGAAAUUAAUGAUUACCCUCCUGAUUUUCCA